AUGGAAACCCUUAGUGAUUAUGAGGAAUCAAACAGUCCUCUUAGAGACGUAGAUUCAGAGAUAAGAGACUCUUUUGCGUUAAGCGAAAUGAAUGAAAGUGUCGCUCUAUCAGAUUUGCUGCCUGAACUUGUGCGUAUCCCUGAUAAAGACCCUGCUGAAUACAAUAUUAAAUAACAUUAUCACGAAUCCGAUCGCUUUCAAGAACAUUAUCAAGCAGUUUGUAAAUGUGAGCAGCGUGGAGAGGAUCGAGAACAUUAAUAAUAUUCUAGACAAGUUGAAACUGUGCUUGCAUAAUAACAUAAUCAUUAAUAAUCCAAUGACUUAUGACAAGUAUCCCAUUGAUUUGGUAAAACUCCUGCUGGGCGCUUACUUCUCAGAUUACUCUAAAGAGGACCCUGGAACGAGAGAGGCACUGCUUAAGUUGAUCAGAGCAGUUACUGUUGGAGGCAGGUUCUCCAAGGCCCACUUUGAGUCUGUGUAUGGGUACAUCACCUCGAAAGAUCCUGAUGAUCUGCUUGGAGCAUUGGAACUCAUAGAAAAUAUGAUUACGAUAUAGAUAAAACUCACAUUCCGAUGUUUUACUUCUCAGAUAUUGACAGCUACAUUGAGAUCAGUUCUAGCCUGACGAUUGACAAAGCAUUCAAGAAUGGAUUCACUAUCGGAUUUUGGUUCCGGAUAGAAGAGCUCAACGGGACAUCCUUUGAGGACUAUCCCUCUCUAUUCACAAUAUUUUGAUCAGGGUCUGGUGGCUUCGAGGCUUAUUUUGAAGGAAACAUUCUUUAUUACAAAACAAUGAGUGGGAAAAGCUAUAAAUCAGGCCCUGAUGAGAACAACUCUAUCGCAGUCUUUGAGUUUGAAGCUAAGACAUGGUACAACUUGUUCAUCUGUCAUAAAAAGAAAGGCCUGAAAAUCUUGGUUAACGGAGAAUUAAUCAAAAAUAUCAAAAGUGUCGAAUACCCGAAGAAUAUUGACUCUGGAAGGCUUGACAAAGGUUUUUUGUGCCGAAAAAUGACUGGGCAGGUCUCUUCAAUAUUUAUCUUCAGUGAUUAUAUUUCUCCUGAUAUAACGAUGGAGAUUUAUAAAAGAUAUCCAAAAUCAAUCCAUGCAGAUAAGUUUUUGAAUGAUUUAGACGAGGUCGACCAAUUUAAAGCUGAAAAGCUAAUUGAUAAAAUAUUUGGGCUCUACAUUCCGGCCAGAGCUUUUAAAGACACCAAAGGAGAAAUAUUUAUAGAGUUUUGAAGCUAUCACAGGAGAGCAAAAUUAAGCUCCCAAGCAGGAGUCUUUUGUCAAGAAAGCCAGAAAAAUCAGUUCCUGUUCUGAGGAGAUGUUAAAGCUCUUCUUCCAAUUAUGCCGCUGUUUAAGAACAUUAAAGAUGUUGAACUUGGGAGGCGGACAUUUAACAAAUUUCUAGACAUUAUUGAGACAUUCACUCAAUUACUAACCGAAGAUAAUAUCAAAGAGUUUCACUUAGAAGGCUUCUUUGCAGGAUUUUUCCUCCUAUUUUACUCAAUUCCUCUAAACUUCUUUACAAAAUACAGCAUUCAGUCACUAAUCGACAUCAGGUUUAACUUGAAGAAGGAUUCUUCGUUCUUCAAUCACAUGAUGCACACCACUGAUAUUUGGAUAAAUCUUGACUUUGAAAUCCAACAUUUCUUUUGGGAUUACGUGAACGGGAUUUAUUCACAAGACUAUAAGGAAUAUCUCAAAUUCAUAGAUAUUAAAAGACUUCUCCAGAUCGUUAAGCAUCUUGUUAACACUAAGAAAGGUCACUGCUGAGAGAUACACGAGAAGAUUAAAGAUCCAAGAUCGGCAAGGAAAUCUGCGAAAUAUUUCCCUGUGACCAAUCUUUCGGAGUACAUCAGGCCUAUCCUUGAGAUAGUUCAAAACAUCUUGAGCAGCUGCUCUAAGGGAAAUAAAGAUACUUCAGUGACUAGUUGAGUUACUGAUCUAGUGUCCAUAAUUACUUACAAACAAACUCCUUGCUAUCGCAUCGAGAUUUUGAAGGUCAUUAAGAACUUAGUGUCAGAAAAGGAGCCUAACUGCCAUGUGUUCAAGAUCCACUUGAAAGAGGAUAAGCACUUUUUUAUGAUUCUGAAGGUAUUCAACGAAUCAUAUUACGAUGUGCAGACUUACUGUGCUGAAAUCAUAAAAUAUUUGGACCUUGACCAAUCAAUUAAGGAAAAGAUAUUCUCCUUCAUGAAUUACUCGGUAUGACCUCCUGACCAAAGAGAUAUUGAUGUAAGCCUUGAGGACAUGACUGCCUAUCACACACCUGUUUUUAAGAACCAGUUUGGGAACAUCCUUGAUCACUCUGAACAGAUGAGAAGCCAGAGUAGUCUCUACAAAGCCAAGAAAAUGAACUCCAGUUUUGAACCCUCUACUGUUAUCAGAGAUUAUGAGGAAAUGAAGUAUGAAAGAAACACAAAAGUUGCUUUUAGAGAUGUUCAGAGACGAAGCUCCCGAAAGUCUAUCAAUAAGCUUCGGAGAAGACUAACUGAUUCCAACAUUAGUGAAAAUUCUGAAGAUUACAUCAAUUUUUCUCAAUCGUAUAACUCCAUGCAUCAGUCUUCAAAGGGGAAAGUUGAAGAAGAUACUAAAAACUCUGAAGAAUCUCUAGAAGAUAUUGAUGAAGAAGAUCCUUUGGAUACAUAUCUUAAACAUUUCGCAGAUAGAAAAGAGGUUAAGGAAUCCCCUGUUAUGGAUGAUGAAAAUAGAAUAGAGGUCAACCACCAUAGAAAGUCAGGGAAAAGCAUCUCCCCUAGUCGUCAAUCUAUUCGGAAAUUAGAACCUACUACGACAAUGAUAAAAGGGUCUACUAAUCUUCCUCUAACUUCUUCAUUAUCAAGUGACGGAAAUAAUUCUGGGGGCAACAAUGAACUCUCCAAGCAAGAAGAUUUUAUUAACGAAGAAUUGAAUGGCCUUUAUCAUGUAUUCCUUUCAUGGGUUUUCUCAUCCAGGGAUGAACUUGACUUAUCUCGGUCAAUAAGGUACAGUUCAGUCCUUCCACUUUGCUUGAAUCUCGCUGCAAAAUCUACUAAACUAAUGAAGCUAAAAGUUAUUUCAGAUUUCAACUUCAUGACUGCUGUUGAUAAGAAUACUACAGUAAUAAUGGCUGAAAGAACAUUCUCGCGAUGGAUAAUAGACUUAUUAUAUACUGAAUUUCCUCCAAAGAAGGAUAAAGAUCUUGACCCCAUCUGGGAGAUGGGUUGCAAGCUUUAUAUCCAGAUGGCGAAGACAUGCUUAAAUAGUGACACUUCAUCCCACUUUUACAUCCACCAGCUGCUUGUCUGGCCUAUGAUCAAAUAUCUCAAACACAGAAGUUCAAAAGAUAGAACAAGUAAUGAUAUCAAACGAAGAGAAAGGAUGGUCAGAACCAUCCUCUGCAGCUUCCUCGACACAGUUUCUGCAAACAAAGAUCGAGAAAAGUGGAAUCCCAGCUUUGGUCGUGAUAGUCCAUUUAUGAAAUUUUGGAGAAACAUCACCCAAAUCCUCUUUCAUAUUGAAGAGCUAGUCUUAUCCUUUGAAUACAUAAGGCAGGCAUUCUCUGAUGAUACUAGCACACCUUGUAAAGCCACAUCAAAGAGGAAGAAAUUGAUACACGAUGAGUUUGGUUCAAGUCUGCUUGAAAGAAAAGCAGAUCAGUCAAUAUUCGAUAAUACUAAGAACUAUCUCUUCAUGUCCUCAGUAAGCAACACUUGGCAAGAUUCAAGACUUCUUAACAUGAUAUUUGAGAUAAUAGAGCCAAUUUGGGUCAUAAAAUCUAAGCGAAGGACUUCAAAAUCUCAGAAAUCUAGCUAUUCAAUGCAAUUUAAAAAAAUUGGAUAUAAUCAAAUAGAAGAUCAAGUGCUAGAUUGUUUGGAUGAAAUCACUUGAGGGGAUGCUAAUGAGAAGAUCCAAAUGUUCUUAGCUAAGAAAAUUUACCCGGAAGAAUCUAAGAAAAAGGAGAGACAUAAUUUUACCUUUAUUAAAACAGCAAUAAACCUAAUCUGCAUUAGGAUCACACUUGAAAAUGAAAAGAAGUUUCUCUUCUAUUAUUGAAAAAUGCUGGGAGAUAUAGCUGAGUGCUGUAUUUACAUCAGUGAAAAUUGGACCUCACAGAAAUCUGAUGAGCACAGCGUCAUCCAGUCACACUUAACCAAGAUCCUUGCCUUCAUUCUCUAUUUCUUACAUUGUGAGAUAAGAUGUGAGAAAGGAAACAAGGAUUAUCUCUGUAAAACUCUGGAUAGCAUUAUGGCUACUAUAUUUGUGAUUGUUUUGAAAAAGUACCCAAAAGACCAUGAGCACUCAGAUCCUCAUAGUCCUCAAGCAAAGCUUGUGACACGACUCCUCAACGGGUUCUUCGAGGAGGAAACUGACCACACUCUACUCUUCACCAGAAAAGACUUGGAAAAUUACCAAGCUAAAGACUAUAAAGAGAUAUGGACACUUUUGUGCUCCGACCAGUGAAGUGACUUCUUUGAUGAGUCUAAAAGAUUUGAGUCGAUUAGACAAGAAUUUUGUAAGAACAAUUAUUGCGAAAUUGUAGCCAAAGAGAGAUACACUUAUGCCAAGAAAGUCAGAAGCGACCAGAAUACCUGGGAUUAUCAGGAGAAAAAGAAAUAUCAAGAAAUCUCUAUUGAUAUUACUGAUAAACAUGAACGGAUCAAGACAUUAGAGGAAAUUAACACUAAAGAUACUAUUUUAUGGAUUGACAUUAGACAAAGGAAGAUGAAGAGGUACUUAAGAAAGGCUUACAACAACCUCUUCCUCUGGAAAGGUGUAUGGAGGAACAAGAAGUUGUUUGAUAAAUAUCCUGAAAAUGUCCCUCUCAAAGCUUUUGAUUUCAUAACAAAGAAUUUGACUAAGCCUAUUCUUAAAAACUAUGCUUCCCAAGGUCUUUGCUAUUAUGACGAAGUAGAAGCUGAGAAUAUAUUGAAGAGAGACAAUAUCAAAUACUCUGGGGAUAACUGGAGGCUUCUCAAAUGAGAUGAUGUCUUUGAAGACAAGAUCUACAUCAACCUCAAAAAUAGGUUCUUCAGUAGACAAAUGAGCUCAGAGGAAAUGAAGCUCCUUGACUCCUGUUAUACAGCCUUACUUGACAAGUAUAUCUUUGAUUAUAAAGAGAAGGAUCAUAUUCUUGGAGAGUAUAAAUGAACUCAAUUGACACCAUUAUAUUCGAAGUAUGGGAAAAUACUUAUAACCACAAAGAAGAUAGUCUUCUUAGAUUCAGUAUACUCUUCAGAUCUUUCAAGCUCUGGAGUCUACUCAAACCAAUCUCUGGAUUUCUUUACUUAUAGAAAGAAGCCAUAUAAAAUGUUACAUUCGACGUACUGAAUUUCAGAUAUCCGGUAUACUUUCAAGAGGAAAUUCCUUUUUGAACACAGCUGAGUGGACCUGAUCUUCACUAAUUGUGAGAGCUUAACUAUAAAUUUCAAGGCUAAAGAAGAUUGUACUAAAUUCCUUAAACAUCUACAUGAUAUUAAUCCAUCAACCAAAACAUUCAUGAAUGGAUUAAAGAAGAGUAAAGCGACUGAGAGGUGGCAGAGAGGAGAGAUUUCCAACUAUUUCUACCUAAUGUUACUGAACUACCUUUCUUCUCGGAGCUAUAAUGACCUGUCGCAGUACCCAGUAAUUCCUUGGUUCAUCGACCAAGGAUUACUCCAUAGUAGAAACUUCGAUGAAACUCUGAUAAGAGAUUUUGGCAAGAAUCUCCUGAUGCUAGGAGGUGGUAAAAGAUUAGAACAAGCUAUUGAGAGAUAUGGAGAAGAAGAUAUGGAUCAAAAAUAUCACAGUGGGACUCAUUACUCCAACCCAGGGGUCAUCUUGCAAUACCUUGUCAGAAUUCCUCCCUUCUUAGAUGGACUCAUUAAGUUCCAAAGUGGCAAACUUGAUUGUGCGGAUAGAAUGUUCUCAAACCUUGCAUUUUCUUACAAUCUAGCAUUGAACGAAGUUGGAGACAUGAGAGAGUUAAUUCCUGAAGCACUAGUCUUACCAGAAAUGUAUAAGAACCAUCUCAAUGUUAACUUCGGAGAGACUCAGGAUGGAGAUAACGUGGAUCAUGUCAUCCUCCCAGAAUGGGCUGAAGAAAAUCCAUAUAUGUUCACAUGCAAAUUCAGAGAACUUUUUGAAUCAGAGUUGGUAUCUGAAAAUCUCCAAAACUGGUUUGAUUUAAUCUUUGGAUACAAGCAAAAAGGAGAACAUGCUGAGGAAGCUUGAAAUAUUUUCCCACCUCUAUCAUAUGAAGGAUCUAUUGACAUGGCAGAUCCUGAAAAUAUAGCAGCAAAGGAUUCUUUAGUAGUUCAAUUGUACAAUUAUGGGCAAUGUCCAACCCAAUUACUCACAGAUCCUCAUCCAUGAAAAGAGGAGAGGAAAGAACCUUUGAAGUUUAUCAGCAAGGAAGCUGAUCUUCAAGCAAAGCCGAUUGACCUCAAUCGUCAAAAAUAUGGUGAAAUAAAAGAAAUCAAAUUCGUAAAUGAUAGCCAAUUCUACAUGAUUUAUAAGAAGAACCGGAUCUGAAAAAUGGCGUAUAAUGAGUACUUAGAAGGAGGUAAAAAGCCACUGAUAAGCGAUUGCUCUUCAGGAAAGGUGUAUAAGAUAGUAGUGGAUCCUCUAAAGAUUCAUUCACCAGAAUUUGCUUCUCAGAAUAACCUUGUUCCAAUCUCGACCAUUUUGGUCAAGCAUGAUCUCCAAAUCCUCAUCGGAGGAUAUUGGGAUGGAAUGAUGGUAGUCCAAAAUUUCACAAAGAAACAAGAAACUGGCAAGAAGAAGCAUCUAUACAGAAUCACUAUGAUAGAAGCUAGUCAAAGCGAAAGCAUCAUUAUCACAGGCACAGAGAAAGGAGACAUAGCCAAAUGGAGUCAUCAUGAAGGUGAAAUUUCAUUUGAGUCGUUAUUCUUUCACCAUCAAAAUGAAGUCACAGGAUGAUGCAUUUGAGAAGAUAUGGGAGUUUUUGCAACUUGCUCAAAAGAUGGCACAGCAAACUUAUAUGUAAUAUCUGCAACUCGUGAUCCUCAGUCUGGCUCUCAGAAAUCAUACAUCCUAAGAAGUUUCAGACAGCCGGAUGAUUUACCUCUUGAAAAAGUAUUGAUAUCAGAGGCUCCGCUUGCAUCAAUAAUUCUACUCGCUGAAGGCAAGAAAUUGGUAUCAUUUAGUAUUAACGGGAAGUACAUUGAAAGUUAUGAAGACUUAUUAAUGAUCGAGAAUCCUCUAGUGAUCACUGACACUCAAUUCGCUGAUAAACUCGUGUACGGAAACACUGCUGGAAAAUUAGGUAAAUAAGCUUGCUCUUUGACUUGUUCUAACUCAUUCUAGUAUUCCUUAAACUUCCAUCCUUCACAGAUAAAGAAUCAAAAUUAUGCUUCGACAAAAACUGAGUUUCUCCUCUAUGUUUGACACCAGAUGAGCGAAUCCUUAUUUUCUUCCAGGAUGGCCUCUGUUGUAAUGGAGAUUUCGAAACCAACAUCAGAAAGGAAAGGAAGGAACUCAAGAAGAUGUUUGGAUUCUAGCAAAUUCUUUGUAUCAUAAUGGAAGGAUUCCUAAUGAGAACUCUCCCUGGUUUGAAGCCAUUACUU